CUAUAUUAAAGAAAAUUGAUCACAUUGAUAAUGCAGCGAACAUAAACACUUCAAAGAGAUGCAAUGAUGGAUCAUUGAAGCAUAAUGCUGGUAGGUCUUUAAAACAAUCAGAUAUAAAUAACCAGACAAAACACCAGUUUUAGAAGAUUUUUCGAACAACAAAAAAUUAACUAGUCAAAGUAAGAAUGUGUAUUGUUUAUUUUUAUUUUUUGUUUUAUUAAAUAGUUUUUAGUUGCAGCAUUAAUAAAAGUAGUUGAUAUUUACAUGAUUACAUGACUAUAUACUGAUACAUUGCUAGUGAACGAUGCGGUUGUUGAUGAUUUAGAAGGAAUCGACGCAAUCAACUUGAACAUUCUAAAUUAUGAGGACCAUGAUUUGCCAUUUGCAUUACCAAAACACCAUCAAUGUUGUGCACACAAAAUAAAUUUAAUAGCAACAAUGGACUCUACAAAAUCUUGGUGUUUAUUUAAUUACACCCAACAAGACACGUUGGAAUUCACUGUUUGAUGUAGUGGUGCUUCUUAAUAAAUAAAUUAAAAAUAAUGAACCUAAGUUUAGAAUAAUAAUGGACAGAUUUGCUUUUGGCAGAUUUGAUAGAAGUGAUAUUGAUUUUGUGUGUCAACAUCAAACAAUUAUGGGGCCAAUUUCAAUAUGCUUGGAUUUAUUCCAGGGUGAUACUAACAUGUACUUUGGUCAUCUCCUAUCUACAAUUGAAGGAUUAAUUUAUAAAUAUGAAUCAAUGACAAGUGAUCAAACAGUUUCUAAUUAUACGAAACUUCUGGUGACUGCCAUACUUAAUGGUAUGAAAACAAGGUUUGCCGAUUAUUUGAUGGACACAUUUUUAAUUACUGCUGCAGUCUGCCACCCACUAUUUAAAAAAGUAUGGAUUAAAAGUGAUAUAAAAAACAAUUGGCCUCAGAAUAUUUAAAAAGUGCCUGUUAUGACUUAUAUACCAGUGAUAAUGACAAUAAUGAUGUAGAAGAUAACCAAAUGAAAGAUAAUUUAUCUACCUUUUUUACCCUCACUAAAUUCCCGAGAGGAAAAAUCAACAGUUAGUGAUGAAAUAUAUAGAUUUUUGGGCACAUCUCCAACAAAGACUUUAGAAUGUUUGCAUAAUUUACCCACUAUCAAAAAAGUAAGAUUAGUUGAGAACUUCUUAUACUAUUAGUAGUAAUAUUACAAAAACAUUUGUACUUAGUUUUCAGGUAUUUGUGAAUACUCCACUACCUAGCAGUGCAUCAGUAGAGAGAGUGUUAAGUGUUGGUGGUGCAACAAUACCAAAAAAAAGAACAAAUAUGAUGGAUCAGUAUUUUGAACAAAUAAUGUUCUUAAAAUGCAACACUCAAAUGUUCGAUUAAUAUAAUAUACUGUAAAUGAUUCAGAAUUAAAUUGAUUUUUUUGUUUUGUAUUUGAAAAUUAUUGGUAUAGCCCAAUGUAGGUAAA